GAAAAGGUAUUGGACACAAUUUAAUUUCUAAUUAAUAUCAAUAAGAGAAUUAUUAAAUAUAAGAAGUGAGGUUUACCAAAUAAAAUGGCAGAGUAUACGAAACCUCCAACGGAUCCAUCUUUGACAAAAUUUCUACAGACAAAUGAUUUCGACUCACUCACAAAAUAUUUAGUUGGAAAUACCUAUAGAUACCGUGAGAACAUAAUCAUUCCAAGAUUUCUGGGUCCAGUUAUAAUAAAAACAAAUGAAGAGAAGAUGAUAGAGUCAACGAUAGAAAGCUGUCCUUUCAAAUCAGUAACCAGCUGCAUAAUUGGCUAUGGAUUAGGUCUGGCAGUAGGCUUGUUCACCUCAUCACUGAUGCCAAAUGUGACCGACACAACCGCUCCACAAACUCAGACUGCAAGGGAAAUUUUGAGGGAAAUGAAAGGCUCCAUGUUGAGUUAUGCCAAGAACUUCGCUAUUCUCGGAGCUGUGUUUUCUGGAAUCGAGUGUUGCAUUGAGAGUGCCAGGGGGAAGUCUGAUUGGAAAAAUGGCACAUACGCAGGAGGCAUGACUGGUGGUUUAAUAGGAUUAAGAGGAGGUCUUAAGGCUGGAGUGUUUGGUGCUGCGGGUUUUGCAGCAUUUUCAACAGUUAUUGAUUACUACAUGCAUCAAAGAGGUUAAUUUCAAUAAAUGUCAGUUUAUUAA